AUGAAAAGCUUCUUUAGUAGAAAAAAACACAACCACUCAAUUAAAUAAUAGGCUUUGAUAUUUAAAUUCAAUAAUUAUCCUUUAUAAUAGCUAAGGAAAAUAUUUUAAUCGAUAUAAAUUAUUUAUGCCAUUUUAAAUUUUAUUAAAUUUUUAAACCUUUGGAUUAAGAUACUUUUCAACAAACAAAAAUUGCUUAAAUUUAAAUUAGUUUGGUUGAUCUUAGCUUAAAAAAUGAAUAGCCAAAAAUAUAUUUUUAAAAUUAUAUUAUAAAUACUUAAUCUAAUAUCACAGAAUAUAAAAAUUAGGUACCUAAGGUAAAUUUAUCACUUCCAGUUUAUUGUUCUAACACAAUUAGAUAUUUAAAGAAAAUGGAGGACUAAAAAUAGUUAAGUUAAAUUAGAAAGCAAAGAAAAUUAAGUUUAAUAUCUCAAUAGUAAUUAAAAAUAGAGAUAUUUACUAAAAAAUAAUUUAGUGAUAUAUAGCUAUACUCGGAUAAUUAUUUCUAGAGUAGGAAAUAUAUAUUUAAUACAAUAAUAAAUAUUACUUUUGAAACUUUUAAUAAAAAUAUUUAACAUAUAUUUAAUAAAAAAAAAAAGGUUUUUAAAAAGGUUUUGA